UUUGCUUUGCAUAGUCGGUGUAUAUUUUCAAUUUAAUUAUGGAAGGAAUUCAAGUUAUUACACAAGAUUAUAUAAAUGUGCAUAUUACGAAGUCAGACACCGAAGAUGCAGCGCCUGUGGAGAGAAGAUUCAAAAAAGGAAUCACUGUAUUGGAAUUUAAGACAAAACUGGAGUUAGUAACGGGAGGGUCAGCAUCCACAAUGAAAUUAAAGUUGUAUGACAAUAAGAACAAUUUGAUAUGUGAUAUUGACAACAAUGAUGCACUCCUCGGAUCAUACCCCAUAGAUGAUGGCAUGAGAAUACAUGUGAUUGAUAAGUUUACACUCAUUAAAGAUUUUGAUUCAAGUGAUAGUGCAGAAAGGUUUCGUCUAUCUGAGGAAGAAUAUGAGAAGAAAGGUGACACACUUAGGUCUUUCUUACAACGUAACAAACUUGGAAAAUACAAUGAAGAAGAGAUGAGCAAACUCAAAGAACAACAGCAGAAAGAGUUGGAGGAAGAAGCUAAACUGGCGGCGGCCGUGCUGGUGGGAUCUCGGUGCGAGGUUCGAGUCCCGCAACAGCCUCCGCGACGCGCGACCGUCCGGUACAACGGGCCGCUACAGACAGCCCGCGGGCUCUGGAUUGGAGUACAAUAUGAUGAACCGCGGGGGAAGAAUGAUGGCUCUGUCAAUGGCCAGCGUUACUUCACGUGUCCACAAAACUACGGAGGUUUCGUGAAGCCAGUGUAUGUUACAGUGGGAGAUUUCCCUGAAGAGCAGUUCGAUCUCGACGAUGAGAUAUGAUCUCGUCACAUGUCUACAUACUGCACCGCCUAAUUUCCAAUGUAACCUGAGUUAUAUAUAGGACAUUAUUAUUUCAACCGACUAUCCAUUAUAUUGAGGGCCUCAGU